UCCUGUCGAGGUCAAGGUCAAGGUCACCGCAGAUGAUCUGUUCAAAGACAUCGACGCCAGUCCAAAGUUCAAAGAAAGACCAAAAUUAAUCAAAUUGGUCUGCAGCGGACCACAUGGAAAUCAGACCCGGGAUAUUGCUCUUAGUUUCACAUCCGGUUAUCUGAUCGUACAGACGGACAAACCUCUGUACAAUCCUGCUCAGCCAGUAUAUGUUCGUGUUCUCGCAAUGGACGAAUCUAUGAGGCCAAUCAAGGACAAGCAAUUGGCAAUAGAAUUGAUAAGCCCCACAAAUAUGACUGUAAGCAGGUUGAACUUUGAACCUGGGAAAAGUCUACAUGCUUCUGGCUUCUACAAAGGAGAGUUUGAGCUACCACCGUUUCCAGAUUUUGGGACAUGGACGAUCAAAGCUAAACUUGGAGGAAAGUCGGAGACGUAUGCAAUUGCUCCUAUUGAAGUACGCGAAUUUGUUCUUCCUACCUUCGGGGUAGAGAUUACAACUGAUACGGAAAAGUACAUACUGCCAAAUCUUGACAAUAUUGGAGUUACAGUUUCAGCCACAUACGUUUACGGCAAGACAGUGGAAGGGAUUGCAGGACUCGAAAUAAACAUCAGGAAGAAAGGGGAUGUGUCGGACCCAAAACGUGUUGUUACCAUGGGAAGAGUGAAGUUGUGUCUCGCCAAUGCCAAAAACCACGGCUUUGCGCUGCUCAAGUAUGAUUGA